AUGGCGAACAACUUCAAGUCCCCCGCCGACGCAAACACUCCUGCCGGGCCUUCGUCGUCCGACCAUAUUGGCGAAACCGUCAUUGGGCGACAUCUUACCAAGGUGGAAAGUGCCCAGCAAGAGCUAUUGAGGCGGGAUGAUGUCUGGGCAAGCAUCCGUGGCCGACAUGUGAGGGGCUUUGUCAAUCUACCACCCGACGUCCUGGAGAACCUCAAGAUCUUCCAUGCCCGGCAGCUGCAGCAAACCGGACUGUCAACACAAUCAGACAAAUCCGCUGUGUCGGGAGAUGGGCUUGCAAAUGAUACCGGAGAACCUCACCCUAGUGGCAGUCAGUCCUCCCACCACGAUCAGGCCGAAUCUGGGGAUAAACAAGACGACGAAGAUGACGAAGAUACAAGUAGUGAGAGGGCUGUAUCGAAUUGGUCCCCAAGCCCACAAUCUCAUUUAAUGCCUGCAAGAGCAGGAAUCCAGGGACUGGCCCAAAAAUUCCAGACCCAGAUUCGGGAGAAGUCGCCCAUCCAACCUACAGUUCAAACCUCCUCACCAAAACGUCCAACCUUCACCACCUGCAGUUUCCCCCCUAGCAGCCUAGGGCUGGAGGAGGACCUUGAGGUUGAACCUCCGAUCCCUCUCAACGAUAAACUCUUGUCUGUGAACAAGGCCGGCCACCAGAUAAUUGCUACACCGCCAUCAGCCCAGAUCGUCCCGUGCACUUUCGAUCAGUCCGCGGUUUCUGCUCAACCAAAAUCCAAGCCGAGGGCCGACCCGAAGCAACCGAUAUACAAGGCACCUGCUCCCCUCUACCGCCCAAAUAAGCAUGCAUCCGUAUCCGCGCACCUAAACGCCGGUACCAGCAAGCCAAGUCAGGGCAUCGUUGAUUCGGUGCACGUGGAUGACCCAAGCUCUCUAUCUACAACAAAUACUUCGUCCUCCAUCAUACCAUCAACCAAUCAGGAAGAGCGUAGCGGGAGGCAACUGCCUGCAUGGAUCAGGCCAUCGCUGUUCUCUCCCAGUCAAAAUCCGAAAAGCAGCCCAGAAGAGUCCAGAACUCGCCCUCAAGGACACUCUCCGGACUAUGUACCCACUUCGCCGCGUCUGAGGUCCUCGCCACCUCCUGUGGUGAUUCCACAGGCUACAAUACAGCCUUCUCCCGAACAGGUACCGUCGCCUCUGACUCCUUUUGUUCUAUACACAGUCACAUACCCAAGCUAUAACGGCAGCAUCGGUGACUUUGUGACGUCUUGUAUGUAUAUUCAGCUUCAACAGCGCCGACUACGGCUACGGACAUCUCUUUACGACGAUUUCAUUAGGGCUUGGUUCGAAGGCUACGUGACGUACGUUAGAGACUGUGACGACUCCAAGCCCCCAGUGAAAGCUACGAAUGCCAUUGAAUGGUACAAUCAGAUUGACGACGACCCACUGUUCACUUCGCGAGUCGUGACAAGACAGAACUUGGAGGCGAUUCUGAACUUCUACCCAGAGGAACUGCGAACGGCCCGAAGUCAUCUAGGGCUCUCGCCGAUACCCACGCCUGAAAUAGCGCAACCUUCGGAGCCUGUGCGUCGAAAGGAUACGUCCAGAAGCAUACUAAAGCCUGUCUCGCCCCCUCCGAGAGCAAAGGCGAAAGGAAAAGGCUUGGAAAUGCCCGCGCCCGGGACUCGUGUGGCCCCUAUCCAGGUCGAUCAAGCACCUCAACCUGUCCUCCCCAGACAAGCACCUCAACCUGUCCUCUCGAGACAAGCAGACAAUUUAACCAUGCCACAAAACAGAUCGUUCAGCGGCGUCGGGGCCCGAACGGCCCAAAGCAAGGGCUUAACACGUUCGCUUUCCGAAGCAGCGACGCUCAAACGCAAGCCGAGCGGCGACCUGAACGCGGAAAUCUCAAAGAGAACGUCCACCACCAGCCUUCUGCAACGCUCAGACUCGGCAAGCCCAGCAAGCCUGCACUCUGAGCGUUCUAAGGGGACAACGGUUCAGGGAUCUGCCGCUCCCGGGUCCACGGCGGGCGGCAGACGGGCGAAGUACGCCAAUGAUCCCGAGAAGCGGAGUAGGCAGUUCGCCAAGUUCCUCAAGAAACAAAGGGCCGGAAAGGAGAGCAUCGCCAGCUCGACGCCCAUCAGCAAUACGCCGACCUCGGGCCAAAAGCAUUAA